UCUACUGCUGUGUUGUGAGCUGUGGCCUGUCUGAUCUGUAUUCGAUCCCACGAUCGAACAUAUUUAUAUAAUAUCUACAUAAUUCGUUAAACUCAACAACUUAACAUUCGUAUUGUCAUCGAGAAAUUGAAUAUUCAAGAUGUCUAUUCACCAGCUUCAACUAGAUGCUCCUAUUAAAGCUUUUUCUGGGCACCUUCUCCCCAGAGUAGAUGCUCAGCUGCAUGAGACAUGUGCUUCAUUUGAAAUGAGAAUGGCUGAUUGUUUAGAGGCCUAUGGAUACAUUAAUGGACAGAAAAAAUGCCGAGAUUUCAUUGCUGACAUGCAAGAAUGCAUUAUUAAUGGUAAACAAAAGCAAAGAGUUCAAAAAAUGAGAGAAGAGCGUCAUAGACAAUUCAAAAAUGGGGAAAGGAAAGAAUGCUAUCUUAAAACACCAGAAUAUGAUGCAUAUUAAUAUAGAACAUUGCUUAAUUCAAGGAAAUUAGAAUUUAAAAAAUCUUUCAAGUAUGCUAAAAGUUUAUGCUGUUAUAAUUUGAAUAAAUAAAUCACAUAUACAUUAAAA